GCCCCGCCGGGAUCGGCCCCGCCGGGAACGGCCCCGCCGGGCGACGCUGUCUGGGAGGCCCCGGUGUGCUGCUGCCUCUGCUCCUGAGCCGGCGGGGCUGAGGCAGCCCUACGUGGGUGGGGAGUGUCGAGGGCUGGCGCCGCGUUCAGCUCGUCUGUUCCGUGAGCUGUGUUUGUUUCCCUUGAUGUGGAGCAGAAGAAGCUUGGUUAAGCCUAGAAUUAACAGAGCAAAGCCAGCGCAAAGGAUGGCAGGUUUUAGGUUGGUAAUUUUGAAUGAUAAGCUACAACACAAGAAGUUCCACCUCAAUAUGAAGAACUUCUUUGCAUUGCUGUUGGCAGGGACUGGAGUCUACCUCCCCGAGGACCUUCCAAAGCCACCUGGAAGCAUUCCUGUGUUCCCUGCUCCAGGUGACCUUGCCUUGGCAGGGGGAGUGGACUGGGUGAUCCCAAAGGUCCCUUCCAACCCUGACAAUGCUGUGAUUCUGUCAAUGGUGCUCGGUCAGCAGACAUUAAGGCUGAUCUGUACCACUACAGCAGUGCAGAGGAAAAAUGUAGGAGCCUCAGGACCUGAAAAGUACACGGAGGCAUUUAUUAAAAAACAGAUUGAAGAGUUCAACCUAGGAAAGAGACAUUUAGCCAACAUGAUGGGAGAAGAUCCAGAAACUUUUACCCAAGAGGAUAUUGAUAGAGCUAUUGCCUAUCUCUUUCCUUCUGGCUUAUUCGACAAACAAGCCAGACCUCUGAUGAAGCAUCCUACUGAAGUUUUUCCAGAGCAGAGAAAAAUCCAGUGGGGAGAAGAUGGCCGACCAUUUCACUUCCUCUUUUAUACUGGCAAGCAGUCGUAUUAUUCAUUAAUGCAUGAAACAUAUGAAAAAUUUCUGAAUGUUCAGAAACAUCAGGACCAACUGACAGCUCAAGAUCUUCCUCUUGAGAAGGAAAAAAGAAACCUGGCUGGCAGCAGAUGGCUGACUAAGAUUGAAUUGGAAGAAAUGUUGUUAGAACAAGUGUCAGAUGAUGAUUAUUCAAGAUUUAUUCAGCUCUUACAAAAAUUGGUAGCAUUGCCAUGUGCUGACAUUGAGGAGAAGUAUAUACAGAAGUUUUCCAAAGAACUUCCUGUGCAGUUGCAGAAGGUGGUCAUUGAGCCCUUGCAGCAUGACGAGCGAGGAGUGGCCUUCAGCACUGGGGAAGGUAAAAGAAAAACUGCCAGAGCUACUGCCGUAGUUUAUGAUAAUGGGACUGGAAAAAUUACAGUGAAUGGAAUAGACAUUUUACAUUACUUCCCAGUGCUGCAGGACAGGGAACAGUUAUUGUUCCCUUUCCAGUUUCUUGGCAGAAUUGGAAAACAUGAUAUGGUUUGCACAGUCUCUGGUGGAGGAAGAUCUGCACAGGCUGGAGCAAUACGUUUAGCCUCUGCAAAAGCCUUAAGGAGUUUUGUGACAGAAAAGGAGGUGGAAUUCAUGAGGCAAGCUGGAUUACUAACAGUUGACCCACGUGUGAAGGAACGAAAAAAGCCUGGUCAAGAGGGAGCCAGACGGAAAUUCACCUGGAAAAAGCGAUAAGUCCUUGAGUAUUUAAAGAGUGACAAAGUGCUACCACAAUUUCAAAACAUACUGAGUUAUGAUUUAAAAGUGUUGUAUGAAUAUAUUUAGUAAUAAAGAUUUUUUUUCCCUU